AUGAGGUUCUCUGGGGAGCAGGGUUCCACCCCCAGGACCCAACCUUGUCUGAGCCGUGGGGCGCCUGGGCGGGCUGACACGGGGGGUGUGCCUGCAGAGCUCGCCCGGCACCUGCGGCACGUGCUGUUCCGUGACGUCUGGGCGCUGUGCCCACAGGUCUGCAUCUCCAGCCUCUGUGGCAGGAACGGGGUGAUGGAGGACAGCAUCUUCUUCUCCUUGGACUCUCUGAAGCUGCCAGAUGGGUAUUUCCCCCGGAGAGGUGACGUCGUCAACGCCGUGGUGGUGGAGAGCAGCCAGUCCUGCUACAUCUGGAGAGCACUUUGCAUAACCCCGGUGCAAAGGCGAGAUGCCGGGGCUGCUGGUGAGGCAACCGAGGAGCCCUGCGGAGCCCUUUUGCUGAAGGACAAAGGGGGUGUUGAAGUUACACAGAUGACACAUUUUGGGACAUUAAAGGAAGGAGGAAGUAAAACUAUGGUGAUCUGGAUUGAGAAUAAAGGAGACCUUCCUCAAAGCUUAGUCAGCUGCAGAAUGGCUGGCUGGGAUAAAGCCAGGCAGUUCAGAUUCCAGGUGCUGGAUGAAGCCCAAGCAGGCCCAGCAGUAUCUUUUGUUUCUCUGCCUGAGAAGGAGAAGAAUUUAUCAGAUGAAAAUAUUAAUUCAUUAAAUAGCUACCGAAAAAACAAAACCUGUCCGACGCCAGAGAGCCGUGUGGUGGACAACGGAAACGUCUCCCCAGGUGACCGUCCCUGUGAAGGAGAAAGCGGAGGACGAGGAGGCCCGCUACCAAGGCAGCAGGUGGCAGAGCCCGAGCCUGGGGUGCUUGUCCCUCCAGGGAGCAAGACCUCCGUGGUGGUUGUGUGUGACGCAAAAAAUUCUGGCCGCUGCAAGGAACUCCUUUUGCUCUGUUUUUCCAAUUUCCUAAUCGGGCGAUACCUGGAAGCAAAUGUUAUAAGUGGUGAGGAGUCACUGAUAGCUGUCCGUGAGCCAUUUUCUUGGAAAAAGCCUAAAAGUUUUCAAGCAUUAGCAUCCACAAAAACUACAGUUGUCGUGACCGCACAGAAGAGGAAUUCAAGACGACAACUUCCCAGCUUUCUUCCACAGUAUCCGAUACCAGAUAGACUUAAAAAAUGCGUGGAGCAAAAAAUUGACAUCCUGACUUUUCAGCCGUUACUCGCCGAGAUUCAUGAAGAAGAUGUAACUCUUAAACUUAAUCCAGAAUUUGAACAAGCAUAUAACUUUGAACCCAUGGAUGUGGAAUUUACGUAUAACAGGACCACAAGCAGACGGUGCCACUUUGCACUUGAACAAGUCAUCCACUUAGGUGUAAAAGUGUUGUUUCCAGAAGAAAUCAUUUUACAGUCUCCCCAAGUGACGGGGAAUUGGAGCCACUCACAGGACACCAGAAAUGAUGGGCAGUCCACCGCCAAGGAUAGGAAAACCAUGAAGGACGAAACUAAACACGGAAGGAAGGAGAAGUGUGUUGGUGCCAAGGACCUGCCAGGGGUGGUGGCCUUGGCCUCAGAGACCAGCAACUUGGCAGGCGAAAUUCCCACCCCCAGAGCGAGAGAGAAGGAAUUCUUCAAUCCAAUGCUGAACGAAAACCAGCAGUUGGCAGUCAGACGGAUUCUGAGUGGCGACUGCCGCCCGCUCCCCUAUGUUCUCUUUGGACCUCCCGGGACGGGGAAGACGGUGACGAUAAUCGAGGCCGUCCUGCAGGUACAUUUUGCUUUGCCAGACAGUCGGAUUUUGGUCUGCGCACCCUCUAACAGCGCUGCCGACCUCGUGUGUUUGCGGCUGCACGAGAGCAAGGUGCUGAGGCCAGCGGCCAUGGUCCGGGUGAACGCCACCUGCAGGUUUGAGGAGACUAUCAUUGACGCCAUCAAACCGUAUUGCAAAGAGGGAGAAGAUAUCUGGAAAGCUUCGCGCUUCCGGGUAAUAAUUACAACAUGCAGCAGCGCAGGGCUUUUCUACCAGAUAGGAGUCAGAGUCGGACACUUCACCCACGUGUUUGUGGACGAGGCCGGGCAGGCGAGCGAGCCGGAGUGCCUCAUCCCUCUGGGGCUGAUCUCGGACGUCAGCGGCCAGAUCGUGCUGGCCGGGGACCCCAUGCAGCUCGGCCCGGUCAUCAAGUCCAGGCUGGCCAUGGCCUACGGGCUGAACGUGUCCAUGUUGGAGAGGCUGAUGUCUCGACCAGCGUAUGUGAGGGACGAAAAUGCUUUCGGUGCUUGUGGCGCGUACAACCCCCUGUUGGUCACGAAGCUCGUGAAGAACUACAGGUCCCACGCUGCGCUCCUGGCGCUGCCCUCGCGGCUGUUCUACCACCGGGAGCUGGAAGUGUGUGCAGACCCCGAAGUGGUGACCUCCUUGCUGGGCUGGGAGAAAUUACCUAAGAAAGGCUUCCCUCUCGUCUUCCACGGCGUGAGAGGCAACGAGGCUCGAGAAGGGAGAAGCCCGUCCUGGUUCAACCCCGCGGAGGCCGUCCAGGCCAUGCGCUACUGCUGCCUCCUGGUGAGGAGCGUCUCCAGCCAGGUGUCGGCCAGCGACAUCGGUGUCAUCACACCCUACCGAAAGCAGGUGGAGAAAAUCAGAAUUCUUCUGCGAAAUGUCGAUCUGAUGGAUAUAAAGGUUGGAUCAGUAGAGGAGUUUCAAGGGCAAGAACAUUUGGUUAUCAUCAUUUCAACGACCCAAAGCUUUGCUGAUUGUGCUGGGAAACCCUCACGUUCUCGUCCGAGACCCCUGCUUCGGGGCUCUGCUGGAAUACAGCCUCACCAACGGGGUCUACACGGGCUGCGACCUGCCUUCCGAACUGCAGUCUCUGCAGAGCCUAAGCGAGUGAACAUGGCACCUUGCAAAACCCACACUGGCAAAGGAGCCCCUCGCUGGCGGCUUCUCCACAUGCAGCUGUGCCAGGUGAUGCCCCUGCCCCUGCCGCCCAGCGGUGCCAGGAUCCUCGAGACCAGAGAAACGUCGGGAGCCCAGUGAUCUGCAGUGGCUGCCCUGCCGCGUCCCCUACCUGUGGACCCCUGGGCUCCGCCUGGCCCAGCGCAUGUCACCGUUCCUGUCCCCAUGACUCCCGUGGGCCAUCCUUGUCUCGCAGACAGGGCUGCGUGUGCAGGAGGGGCCACGGGGUCGUUCUGAGCUGCUCCUGCUGCCAACCUCGGUACGAGCUGGCCUGUUCCUGCCACCAGGCAGUCACUGCCACCCUGCCCUGAAAUAAAUGCUCCAGUAACCCCAA